GGAGGUACAUGUAGACACCAGUGCUUGCAGGCACACACCCACACACCAGAUUGUCACUCCUGCUGCCCUUUCCUUGCCUGUCUCUGUCAACAUCUUUUUUUUUCCUGGGCUCAGUUCCUUUCCAGCUCUGGGCUUCUAAUGCUUUCCCUCCCCUAUGCUUCUUUCUGGGGCUGUCUUGUCACAUGGUGGUCUCCUGGGAUGUUAAUCUCUUUCUUCCUCCUCGAAGAAUCAGUUUGUAAAUCAAUGAGCCUCCCUUCUGGUUCAUUCCAGAAUGGUCUCCACCUGUGUUGGUUGUUUUCUGGGGUUUGGCACAAGGUGUCAUGUAACUGGCUAUAAGCAACAGACGCAGAUCCUGCACUUCCUGAUGCUUCUGCCUCAGCCUCCAUAGUUUUAAGAUACCAUCACCACUCACCUCAGUUUCUUUCUCUGCCUUGCUCUGUUACCAACGUUGGAGAGUUGGUUGAAGAACUCCUCACCCCUUUUUAUUGACUCUUUUGGGAAGGGCCUGUUUUGACCUCAACAAAGAUGGCGGGCUAAGCUUUGCCUUCCAUCACAUCCUUUCCUCUGCUGCGUGUUUGCCCUCACUUAUAAUGGGAGCUGCCUUCCUCGGCUGAAGCCCCGCCCAAUUUCCGUCGUCAGCCGCCCGGCCCUGGCGCGCAGUUAUGAAGGUGGAUGCCUCCGCCCCCCUGCCCUCUCAUUGGUGCGGCUCAGACUCGGUGCAACCAUUGGCUGGAGGCACGCACACCCUUCCCCCACCCCUAAUCUGAUGGGGGCGGUAGUGCAGACUCUGGAGGGGCUGCCGGGACGACGCAGCGUGCACGCAGGUUGCGGGGUUCCGGGUGACCCCAGAGGGGCGGACACUCAGGCCCGGUGCGGAACACUGGGUGAAAUCCGGAUACCAGAGGCUGGACCAGGAGCUGACCACAAGCCAAAAGUCUAGGAGCACUUGAGACUGAACCAAGGUCAUGGCCCCCCCACCCCCACUGCCAGUGGCCGCUAGCACUCCGAUCCUGCACGGCGAGUUUGGUUCUUACCCAGCCCAAGGCCCACGGUUUGCCCUUACCCUCACGACACAAGCCCUCCACAUACAGCGACUGCGCCCAAAGCCCGAAGCUCGGCCCCGAGAUGGGCUAGUCCCUCUGGAUGAGGUCUCAGGCUGUGGCACUCUGCAGAGCCGUAGCCCUGAAGACACUGCAGCCUACUUUUGCAUCUACACCUACCCGCGGGGCCGGCGUGGGGGCCGGCGCAGGGCUACCCGUACCUUCCGGGCUGAUGGGGCUGCCACUUACGUGGAGAAUCGCGCAGAGGCCCAGCGUUGGGCAACUGCCCUCACAUGUCUCCUCCGAGGAGUGCCUCUGUCUGGGGAUCAGGAAAUCACCCCUGAAUUGCUGCCCCGGAAGCCUAGGCUGCUCCUAUUGGUCAAUCCUUUUGGGGGGCGGGGCCUGGCCUGGCAGCGCUGUAUGGACCACGUGGUGCCCAUGAUAUCUGAAGCUGGGCUAUCCUUCAACCUCAUACAGACAGAACGACAGAACCAUGCUCGAGAGCUGGUACAGGGGUUGAGCCUGAGUGAGUGGGAAGGCAUUGUCACUGUGUCUGGAGAUGGGCUGCUUUAUGAGGUGCUGAAUGGGCUCCUUGAUCGCCCAGAUUGGGAAGAUGCCGUGCGGAUGCCCAUUGGUGUCCUCCCCUGUGGUUCGGGCAAUGCACUAGCUGGGGCGGUUAACCAUCAUGGCGGGUUUGAACAGGCUGUCGGUGUUGACCUGUUGCUCAACUGCUCGCUUCUUCUCUGCCGGGGUGGCAGCCAUCCUCUGGACCUGCUCUCUGUGACGCUAGCCUCAGGAUCCCGCUGUUUUUCCUUUCUGUCAGUGGCCUGGGGAUUCUUGUCAGACGUGGACAUUCACAGUGAGCGCUUUAGAGCCCUGGGCAGCGCUCGAUUCACGCUGGGUGCAGUGCUAGGCCUGGCCACGUUGCAUACCUACCGUGGACGCCUCUCCUACCUCCCCGCUACCACAGAACCAGCCUUGCCCAUCCCAGGCCACAGUCUGCCGCGAGCCAAGUCAGAACUAGCCUUGGCUCCAGCCCCGGCUCCAACUGCCUCCCACUCGCCUCUACAUCGAUCUGUGUCUGACCUGCCCUUGCCCCUUCCCCAGCCUGCCUUGGCAUCCCCUGGCUCCCCUGAGCCCCUGCCUGACCUGUCUCUCAAUGGUGGUGGUCCAGAGCUGACUGGAGACUGGGGGGGAGCUGGGGAUGCACCUCUGUCCCCAGACCCACUGCUGCCUUCAUCCCCUAAUGCUCUCAAAACAACUCAGCUUUCACCCAUCGCUGAAGGGCCCCCAGAAAUGCCAGCAUCCUCGGGGUUCUUGCCUCCCACCCACAGUGCUCCAGAAGCCUCUACCUGGGGCCCAGCGGACAACCUGCUCCCUCCCCUGGGCUCUCCACUGCCCCAAGACUGGGUGACAAUAGAGGGAGAGUUUGUACUCAUGUUGGCCAUCUUGCCAAGCCACCUCUGCGCAGACCUGAUGGCAGCCCCACACGCGCGCUUUGAUGAUGGCGUGGUGCACUUGUGUUGGGUGCGGAGUGGCAUCUCACGGGCUGCACUUCUACGCAUUUUGCUGGCCAUGGAGCAUGGAAACCAUUUCAGCCUGGGUUGCCCACAUCUGGGCUAUGCUGCAGCACGUGCCUUUCGCCUUGAGCCACUCACGCCUCGUGGCCUGCUCACUGUAGACGGGGAGUUAGUGGAGUACGGGCCAAUACAGGCGCAGGUGCAUCCCAGCCUUGCCACGCUGCUCACUGGGCCUGCAGGUCAGAAGCCGCGAGCCUGAGCCUAAAGCAUGCCAAGUUGGUGGAGCCAGAGCCCCAUAGGCUAAGAUCUAUCUUUUAUAGGUAAAAGUAGGGCCCGCACUCAGAACUGGAUGGGUGAAGAGUGGUCCCAACCCUCAGUUCCCAAAGGACCUAGAGGCUUGAGGGUGGGGCCUGCCUUUCUUGAUGUCCAGUGAUGGGGCCUGGAAUGUAUGCGCUAGCAGGCUUCUUCAGCUUAUUGUCCAGCCAGGGUUUCUUCUUGCCUACUCCGGUGCCUCUACUUGACUGGCCAAUCAGCACUUGAGGGGCAGGUUCCCCCAGGUGGUCCCCAGAUUUGCACUAAUGUUCCUCCCCUGGCCAGUUAGGGGUGGGAUGUUCUGUGUCUUGUGCGUCCCUAAGUCUAAAAAGCAAUUGAAAAGGUCUAUGCAAUAAAGGUGUUGCUUUCCUCUAGACCUUCAUCCUUC